CCCGGAAGAGCUGCCUCGUACCCAUCUCCAGAGCCAAGGAAAAAGCUAAGCCAAUCCUGGAGCGUCCCGCGGCUGCGCACGCACCGAAGCCACACGUACGUGACUCGGGGAACGUCCGCUACUGGCGGCAGCGGUGGCAGCGAGGGAGAGAGGGGCGGUGAGGCGCCCCGUCAAUGCGUCCAGAUUCUGCGAACAUCGUGGUUCGGUUCCGAGCUGGAAAUCGGUGCCCUUGGCCGGGCAGUUCAGAAGUUUCCUUUAGCGUCUGAGGGCUUUUUCUUCCGGUAGGGUCCCCAUUCAGGCACCUACUCAGACACCCAUUCAUCUUUCAGGGGUCCUCAUAGCCCUCCCUGCCUCUAAUUAAGUGACGGAUACAGUAGCCAAGGCGACCGCCUGAUUGACAGGCAGGAUUACCAACCAACUUCCGGAAGCUCCUCUCGGGGUCCGCCCGGCGCGUGGCCGGGGGCCCAUGAAAGAAGUGAAAGAACCCAAAGGGACGGUAACCCGACAACGUAGGUUGUUGGCAAUUUCCCGGUGAUUGCGCGCUGGGGGCUGAGGCGUUUUUCGGACAGUCGAACGAUGCCGUGACGCAGCACAGCUAUAGCGUUGGCAGUGUGAGCGCACCCCUGUGGAGGGAGCCCUUCGGUGUUCUUUGAGAGCGCUCCCUCGGAGUCCUAGCGUGGGGGAGGGGUGGCGGCCGACCAGCGGCUCCCCGUCUGCGCUUGCGCCUGCACCUCUGCUGACCCGGCCCGCGAACUCGCGCAAGUCCGCUGCGCGCGGAGCCGCGGUGGCCUGCAGCACUGCGCGUGCGCAUUGGAGAGCUUGUUGAGGAGCGGCGCUGGCGGACGUCGGGCGAGCGGCGCGUGACGUCGUAAGGAGCGCUUUAAAGUGCGGGCUGGGCCGGGCGUCUGAGGGUCUAGCCGGGAGUCGAGCCGAUUCUCCGCAGCGGCCCUCCGCGGCAUGAGGCGCUGCUGGCGCCCCUGCCCCCCGGGACGUGGAGGAGGAGGAGGAGGAAGCUCCGUAGCCACCACCGCUGCAUGACUCGCCGCCCCUGAGGUUCGACCCAGCGCCUGGCCCUCAACUCUCUCAGUCGGGUCCUCGUAUGGGGACCUGGCGCUGAGAAUCCCCUGCCCUCCGGGGGCCCCGGGCCGUGUCCCCCGAGAGCCAUGCCCGGCCGCCCCGGCCGCCCCGAAGGACCCUAGAGCAGCGUCGCGGGGCCAUGGCGGCCGCCAGCGGUUACACGGACCUGCGUGAAAAGCUUAAGUCCAUGACGUCCCGGGACAACUAUAAGGCGGGCAGUCGGGAGGCAGCGGCGGCUGCAGCCGCCGCCGUGGCCGCCGCCGCUGCCGCCGCCGCUGCCGCUGAGCCUUACCCGCUGUCCGGGGCCAAACGCAAGUACCAGGAAGACUCGGACCCCGAACGCAGCGACUACGAGGAGCAGCAGCUGCAGAAGGAGGAGGAGGCGCGCAAGGUGAAGAGCGGCAUCCGCCAGAUGCGCCUCUUCAGCCAGGACGAGUGCGCCAAGAUCGAGGCCCGCAUCGACGAGGUGGUGUCCCGCGCCGAGAAGGGCCUGUACAACGAGCACACCGUGGACCGGGCUCCACUGCGCAACAAGUACUUCUUCGGCGAGGGCUACACGUAUGGCGCCCAGCUGCAGAAGCGCGGGCCGGGCCAGGAGCGCCUCUACCCGCCGGGCGACGUGGACGAGAUCCCUGAGUGGGUCCACCAGCUGGUGAUCCAGAAGCUGGUAGAACACCGCGUCAUCCCCGAGGGCUUCGUCAACAGCGCCGUCAUCAACGACUACCAGCCCGGGGGCUGCAUCGUGUCCCACGUGGACCCCAUCCACAUCUUCGAGCGCCCGAUCGUGUCUGUGUCCUUCUUUAGCGACUCCGCGCUCUGCUUCGGCUGCAAGUUCCAGUUCAAGCCUAUCCGAGUGUCGGAACCUGUGCUUUCCUUGCCUGUGCGCAGGGGGAGCGUGACUGUGCUCAGUGGAUAUGCUGCUGAUGAAAUCACUCACUGCAUACGGCCUCAGGACAUCAAGGAGCGAAGAGCAGUCAUCAUCCUCAGGAAGACUCGAUUAGACGCUCCCCGGUUGGAGACAAAGUCCCUGAGCAGCUCUGUGUUACCACCCAGCUAUGCUUCAGACCGCCUGUCAGGAAACAACAGGGACCCUGCUCUGAAACCCAAGCGGUCUCACCGCAAGGCAGACCCCGACGCUGCUCACAGGCCUAGGAUCCUGGAGAUGGACAAGGAAGAGAACCGACGCUCAGUGCUGCUGCCCACACACCGGCGGAGGGGGAGCUUCAGCUCUGAGAACUACUGGCGCAAGUCCUACGAGUCAGAGGACUGCUCAGAGGCCGCGGGCAGCCCCACCCGAAAGGUGAAGAUGCGGAGGCACUGAGGCCCACUGCAUCCUCUCGGGAACUCUGGUUAAUCCUCACGUAGCCACCCGUUUUUGUUUCGUUUUGAGGGGUUUUGUUUCUGUGUGUUUUUUUGUUUGUUUGUUUUGACCCUUUUAUUUUUCCUUGGUUUGUUGCCUAUUGAGGCUAAAGAACAGAAUUGGUUCUUGGUUUUCCUCUUGGAUGGAAAGGCCUACAGCUCACUCUGGAGUGGCUAGUAGAGGAACUCGGGGCAACCAUCAUCAAGUGGGGCUGUGUCAGGCUGGUUUUAUUUAAAAGCAACAAAAUGUUUUGGUUAAGAAAAUUCUUGUUUUGCUUUAUAUGUAAAUUUUCUCAGUGUUGUGAAUGAAGUUGUUCCUCCUCGGGGGGGCCCCCCCUCCCCCCAUGUCUAAGCUGGGCUGAGGUCUCCUGGGCCUUGCUGUCCUUCUACCUGUCACCUGCUCUCCAGGCUCUGGAAAGUCACACAAACACCCUCUCCCUCUUGCUGCAGAAACAUUCAGGAUGACUGAGCAGGGGCUUCAAUAGUGCCAGCCCCUGCACCCCAGAGCUGUUGGCCGAGCCCAGGGCUUCCUCCAUGCCCACUGGCCUGCUUUGCCUACAGGUCCCUGGCUGCAGCGGUCCUGACCUCUUGCCAAGAGCACGCCUCUGCUGGUUGCUCCUUUCAGGCAUAUGCGUGUGAUUGUAUGGAACAGUCAGACUGGCCAUGUUGGGACAGUUUAGAAAUUGUUUCUAGCUAGAAGGACUGGUGUCCUUCCAAGUCUAGCAUUUGGGGUAUGGAAAACUAUUGUGGUGUGUAGCAGGAUUUUUGUUUAGAUUUUUUUUUUCCUUUGGUCUUGUUCUUUUCCUUUCCCUUUCCUUUCUUCUACAUUGGCCAGUUUGGGCCUUCUCCCCAUGUCACCCCCAUAGAAAGGUGCCUGCCCCUCUGCCUGUCUGCAGCACACAUCCAGGGCCAGAGCCCAGGUCUGCAGACUGGGUUAGUGUCUCUUCCACCUCGGGGCAUGGGAGCUGGGGAAGGGGCUUUUAAAAAAUAGUAAUAAAAGGGGAAAAAAUAGUCUUUGGCAGUUCCCACUCCUCCAAUUCUCGAGGGCUGUGAGGUUUUGCUGGUCUGGAUUUAUUAGAAAUGUCUCCUCGCUAGGCCUGGAGCAGAUUCCCCACGUUGUCACCACCAUGGGGAGGACCUUGUUUUAUAGAGUCCUAGGCCUGGGGCUGCAGAGAUCUGGGCAGCCACCAUUAGGAAGCCCUUCUCAGGGCCAGAACUCCUUUGCCAGCGUGGAUCCUCAAGUUGGAACUGCAUAACGAAGGCAGUUGCAUUUUUUUUUUUUUACAGCUCCCCUCCCCCCUCAAUGAUUUGUAGUUGUGUGUGCAGCACUUUGCCCUGAUAUGUGUGCUCUACAAUAAAAACCAAAUCUAAUAUAUUUUGAAACAGGUGUCUGAUGCUAUCAUAAAAGAGGGCUUGCCUUUGGUGCUUCCUUCAUCCCUUUAUUUUCUCUUUAAACUCUGAAUGGGGGGUUGGUAGUGAGCAGAGUGUAUUGUCCACUAGGGCUCCAGAGGAGACGACCAGUCACUGACACAGGGCCGGGGACUGGAGGUGGACUGGACUUCUGCUUUUUCUCCCACUCCCAGGAGCCAGGAUCCUACCCUGCCGAGUUCUGGAAGCUCCUCUUCCUAGGGGUGAUGAGAGAGGAUGUGUGCGAGUGAAGGAAGGACAGCAGGAGCAAAGGCAGCGGGGAGAGCCUGGUCUUUGUAGAAGACACACAAGUGGUUUUGCUCAUUAGACAAAUUAUUGAGUUCUUAUAUUCUGGGCAGUCCCACACUGUGGCCCCAAUAGUGAGCAAAACUAUCCUGGUCCUUGCUUUCAAAAUUCAUACCAGUAGAGUUGUGGUAUAUGGACACAGGCAGACAUUUUGGGAUGGAGUGGGAUUGGGGCCCAGAGGGUUUUAGUACCUCCAGAUCCCAGACCUGGCUCCCAGGUUCUGGUUAGGGGCUUUGGCCUAGAAUCUCCUUCAUUUGCUUCCAGUGCCCAGAGCCAGUCUGCUUGGCCAAAUUCUUACUGUGGAAACCUGGUAAGCCACUUAACUGCCCAUUUAACAGAGGAGAGUCCAGAUGGAACAGUUGUUCAGCCAGGGCUCAUUCCUGCAAAUUAGUAACAGAUCUGGCCAGUUUGGCCUACAGGGGUCAGCCACUGGCUGCACACUGGGCCCUGGAUGCCCCGGAGAGGAGACAUUGGAGCUGAGAGGGAAAGUGACUUGCCAAAGAUGAUCUAGACUAUACAUGUAGAGGUGCGUACCCACCCCUCUAUGCCUGGGCCCCUGACUAGGGGCAUGGAAUGGGGGCUCACAUGGAAAGCUGGGAACUGAGAGGGCUCUCUUCUGUAGCUGUGACAAAGCCAGACCCUGGUUCUUCCCAGUCCCUGGGUGAAAGAGGCCCUUUGCCCUGCAGUAUUGAGGGGCAGAACAUAGAGAAAGAGGGUCCUGCCUUAGCAGAUCCUGCUGUGUCUUUGGCAUUAGUCUCUGUACCUGUACAGAGGCUCCUUGGCACCCCAUCUCUUGGACUGUGAUAAUCCCUUGAGCAGUCCCCAAGCCUGCAGAGAGAGGCCUUAAGGGAAUGGGAGAUCCCAGACUCCUUGAAUCUGACUGUUCCCGGCCAUUUCCUGGGGCACCAGCUGUUUGGGCCAGCUGUUAUGUCCCAUCAGUCUGCCCCCAGCCCAGUCUUGUACACAGUAGGUACUCUUAACAACAUCUGGCACCAGUACUGCCCACCUGGGGAGCCCAUCUCAUUCCUCCAACCCUGUUGUGUGGUGGGGGAAACUGAGGUCCAAAGUCAUGUUAUUCAUUCAGAAAAUAUUUGAGUGUUCCUAUUGUGUACCAAGCUCUGCUAGGUGUUGAGGAUACAAGACAGACCUGGUAUAUGUCAUAUACACACAUGUUGUUAUAAAUUGUACUGAUAUAAAAGAUGUAUAGCACAUAAAGUACAAAUAAAAUAUACAAUAUUCUUUAUCAUAAAUUCUCUAUAGCCAGUUUCUCACAGAAUGAUUUUGUUGAUUUUUUUUCCUGAAUUUUUACAUUUAUAGCCUACCUGUGGUACUAAUUCAACCACGAUAUGGCAAAUGGAGUUCCAUCCCAUCUACUUGUAUUAGUUUUCUGUGGCUGCAGUAACACAUUACCAAAAACAACAAAUUUAUUUUCUCACAGUUCUGGUGGUCAGAAACCCAAAAUCGCUGUUACUGGGGUGUUGGCAGGGCCAUGCUUCUUUUGGAGGCUCUAGUCCUUACCUCUAGUAGCUUCUGGUGGGUAUUGAAAUUCCUGGACUUAACAGCUACAUGGCCUUCUCUUCUGUGUUUAUCAAGUCUCCCUUUGCUUCCAUCUUCUUAGGACACUUGUAUGAUUGGAUUUAGGGCCCAGCUGGAUAACCAAAAAUAAACUCCCAUGUAAAGAUCUUCAAUCACAUCUGCAUGGUCAAAAAAUGUAAAAUAUAAAAACAUGUAUAAGUUCCAGGGAUUGUUAGGACCUGAUAUCUUUUUUUUUUUUAAUAUAUAUUUUUAUUAAUUUCAGAGAGUAAGGGAGGAGAGAGAGAUAGAAACAUCAAUGAUGAGAGAGAUUCACUGAUUGGCUGCCGCCUGCAUGCCCCCCACUGGGGAUCGAGCCCGCAACCCAGGCAUGUGCCCUUGGCCAGAAUCAAACCUGGGACCCUUCAGUCCUCAGGUUGACGCUCUAUCCACUGAGCCAAGCCGGCUAGGGCAGGACCUGAUAUCUUUGGGGGCCACUGUUAAGCCUACUACACUGCUCUUGUACCAGGUUCUCUUUUUUUUUAAUCCUCUCCUGAGGACAUGCUGUUACUGGUUUUAGAGAGAGGGAGAAACAUCAAUGUGAGAGUGAAAUAUUGAUCUGUUGCCUCCCGCACAUGCCCCAACUGGGAUCAAACCCACAACGUGGGUAUGUGCCCUGACUAGUAAUCAGACUCUUGACAUUUCAGUGUAUGGAACGACACUGCCACCAGCUGAGCCACACUGGUCAGGGCAGCAGUUACUUUAUUGUCAUUAAAUUUGAUACAGGACAUACAGAUUUCUCAUCGUUGAGCAAAUUGUUAAUUGGAUUGAAAUUUCUCAGCCUCAGCACUGCUUUUAAAUUUAAUUUGCAUCAUUAAUAUUUUUUCCACCUAUUUAAAAAUGUUUUUAAAUUGAUUUUAGAGGAAAGGAGAGAGAGAAACAUCGGUGUAAGAAACAUCAAUUGGUUGCCUCCUGCAUGGGCCCCAACUGGGUAUCCAACCCGAAACCUGGGCACGUUCCCUGACUGGAAAUCAAACUAGCCACCUUUUAGUGUAUGGGAUGAGCCUCCAGCCAUCUGAACCAGACCAGCCAGCUUCCAUCUAUUUCUUAAGUCUAGACCUGUGCUGUCCACUAUGGCAGCCAUUGGAUAAUUUGCCUGUUGAACACUUGAGAUGUGGCUAGUUUGAACUGAGAUGUGCUUUAAGUGUAAAAUAAACACCAGAAUUUGAAGAGUUAAUAAUGAAAAAAAAAGAAUGUAAAAGAUAUCCUUAGUUACUUUAUAUUGAUUACAUGUUGAAAUAGUAUUUUGGACAUACCAGGUUAAAUAAAAUAUACUAUUUAAAUUAA